AUCUAAAUCUCCAAAACAAUCGAUUGAAAAUGAAAGUUUCAAUAGCUGCUAGAAUUUUGAGUCAUACUGUUGCUGCCACUAUUGAAGAAAUGGUUAGCAAUCCGAAAAACAAUUUACCAUCACAGGCCAUUGAUACUGCAGAGUUUGUGCAUGACAUGGAUCAACUUUUUGAUAGUUUCAAUGGUAGAACACCUAAGCCAGAGUGUGGAAAACCAUAUCGUAGGUGUUUAUCUGAUAAAUCUCCUCACUUUGCACUUUGGAAUAAGCUUCUUCCAAAAAUCAAUAGUUGGGAGUUUAUAUCUCCAUCCAAGUCUUCAUCUGGGUCUGUUGCCAAAUCCAGAAUGCCAUUUAAAACUGGUUGGUUAACAACUAUAAAUGCCACAAAAGAAUUGUGGAGUGUAUGUAGAAAUAUGGGUUUUAAAUUUUUAAGAACGCGUUCUCUAAACCCAGACCCACUGGAAAAUCAGUUUUCAUCUAUAAGGCAUUUUGGGGCAGAAAAUACAAACCCAAAUUGCUACCAAUUUGUUAGUUGCUUUAAAACAUCCGUUCUCAACAACUUAGUAACACCCGUUUCAAAUCGAAAUUGUGAGAUGGAUGGCACUAGUAUUCUUGACAAUUUGCAGAGUUUUUUAAAUACUGAUAUAUUGGAUUUUGUAAAUUUAAAAAAAUUAGAGUCUAAUGAGAUUGAAAAUAUAAUACUACCAUCAACCAAUUUUGAUUUUACAGACCAUGAUGCUAAUACAUGCACUUAUGCAGCUGGAUUUUUGAUUAAAAAAAUUAAAUUACAUAGAGAAUGCAAACAAUGUGCUGCUAAUUUGUUGUCAGAAACAGUCGAACCCCAGCAUAUGUUUGUCUUAUUUAAGGAAUUUACAGAUAACAAAAAAAGUCUAUUUUACGUAACCAAAGAAAUAAGUUAUUAUUUAGCACAAAUUCACGACUGUGUUUUCUAUAUAUUACCCAAAUAUGGGUAUAUAUCAUAUUUAAAAAAUAAGAUUAAAAUAAUUUUGAAAAGUCAUCUGGAUUUUAAUUGGUAUACUUGUGUAGAUCAUAAAGAAAUUAUGCAAAGUGACAUACUUGUUAUUUCUAUAGAACUUUUGACAAAAAAGUAUUAUGACGACAUUUCUAGAAAUUUUAAAUCAGACAAAAAAAACAGGCAAGAUGAGAAUUAAAAAAGAUGAAACACCUGUAAAAAUAUAUUUUUCUCUCCUACUAGAAAUUUGGGUUAGGUUUGUUUUGC